UAGUGUGUGAGGCAUUAUACUCACACACACACACACACAGUCGCUGGCCCAGCCCUCUUCUUACAGCUCAAGCCUCCCAAAGCUGUUUUCGUUGUAGAGAUCGGGACGUGGUUUAACACGGCACAGCUGCCGAAAAGAAGACAAGGGAAGGAUCAAAGACGAGACCAGCAGAGAGAAGAAAAACACCCCAGAAAAUCCCAUCUUUUCUCUUCAGAAAUUCCCUUUCUUUCUCUGUUGCCUCUGUUGACGGUUCAUUCAGAAAGAAGGGGCCGUGUUCACAUGACAGAAUCAGAGUGAACGGGUUGCCAUGGUAACUGACACUGGCAGGACGACCCAAGAAAAGUGGAUGUUGAAUGGAGGAGCUGCUUUGGCGAGCAAGUGAAAGUAGCAGAGAGUCGGAAGAGUGAGGGAAGGAGGGAUCAGGGGAGCAUUGAGGUCCAGAAUGGAGGACGGGUUUUCCAGCUACAGCAGCCUGUAUGACACCUCCUCACUGCUGCAGUUUUGUAACGAUGACAGCGCAUCCGCGGCCAGCAGCAUGGAGGUGGUGGACCGGAUUGCGUCUCUGGAGCAGCGAGUGCAGAUGCAGGAGGACGAGAUCCAGCUGCUGAAGUCUGCACUGGCUGACGUGGUGCGGAGGCUGAAUGUCUCAGAGGAGCAGCAGGCACUGGGCACCAGGAGGGGACCAACCAAAGCCAGACCCAUGAUGCCAACCUUGCCCCUGAGGUCCACGGUCAACAAUGGCACAGUCUUACCAAAGAAAAGUGGGACACUGCCCUCCCCUUCCAGCACCAGGAAGGACAACACAACACCAGCAACCAAGAGCUCUGUGAAGAGAACCAGCUCCUCAGAGCGAAUGGGCCUUUUGGCACGCAAAGAGAGUGCUGGAGAGUUUAAGAGCAACCGCACCCGCUCUGGCUCCACAGGGAGCAACUCCAGUGCCAAGAGGACCAGUGAGAGUAAACCGAAGGAGCCAGUUUUCAGUGCAGGGAUGCGACGGGUGACACACUGCAAAGAGGAGGGGUAUGUGAAAAUGUAUUUGAAGGGACGCCCCGUCACCAUGUACAUGCCCAAAGACCAAGUGGAAUCCUACUCCCUGGAGGCCAAAUCAGACCUGCCAUCGAAGAAGCUGAAGCUGGACUGGGUAUAUGGGUACCGGGGGCGGGACUGUCGAUCCAACCUCUACCUGCUACCCACAGGAGAGACGGUGUACUUUAUUGCAUCAGUGGUGGUGCUUUACAAUGUGGAUGAGCAGCUACAGCGGCACUAUACAGGCCACACUGAUGAUGUCAAGUGCCUGGCUGUCCACCCUGACAAAAUCACCAUGGCAACGGGACAGGUAGCGGGAACCUCUUCUGAUGGCAAACAGCUGCCCCCACAUGUGCGAGUUUGGGAUUCAGUGAGCCUCAACACUCUCCAUGUCCUGGGCACUGGCUUCUUUGACCGCGCCCUGUCCUGUCUUGCCUUCUCCAAAUCGAAUGGGGGCAGCACCCUAUGCGUGGUAGAUGACUCCAAUGAUCAUGUGCUGUCAGUGUGGGACUGGCAGAGAGAAGAGAGGCUGGCUGAUGUUAAGUGCUCCAAUGAAGCUGUCUUCGCAGCGGACUUCCACCCAACCGACACCAACAUUAUUGUCACUUGUGGGAAGUCCCACCUCUAUUUCUGGACACUUGAGGGGGGUUCCCUUAUCAAGAAGCAAGGCCUUUUUGAGAAACAAGAGAAGCCCAAGUUUGUCUUGUGUGUGACUUUUUCAGAAAAUGGAGACAGCAUUACAGGAGAUUCCAGUGGAAAUAUUCUGGUGUGGGGCAAAGGCACCAAUCGUAUCAGCCAUGCUAUCCAGGGGGCACAUGAGGGGGGUAUCUUUGCCCUGUGCAUGCUACGCUGUGGCACACUGGUGUCUGGAGGGGGCAAAGACCGCAAAGUCAUCUCCUGGGAUGGAAACUACCUGAAGCUCCAGGUGGUAGAGAUACCAGAGCUGUAUGGCCCGGUCCGCACAGUAGCAGAGGGCAAGGGCAACAGUGUGCUCAUUGGCACCACCCGCAAUUAUAUUCUACAGGGCACUUUAUCUGGCGAGUUCACCCCCAUCACACAGGGGCACACUGAUGAGCUUUGGGGGCUGGCAGUACACCCCUGGAAGCCCCAAUUUCUUACCUGUGGCCAUGACAAGUAUGUGAACCUGUGGGACUCCUGCACACAUCAGCCCAUCUGGACCAAAACCAUGGAGGAUGCUGCCCAGUCUGCAGGAUUCCACCCCUCAGGAACUGUGGUUGCCAUAGGAACACAGACAGGCAGAUGGCUUGUUCUAGACACUGAAUCCAAGGACUUGGUCACUGUUCACACAGAUGGGAAUGAGCAGCUGUCUGUCAUCCGCUUUGCACCAGAUGGCAGUUUCCUGGCUAUUGGAUCCCAUGACAACUACAUCUACAUCUAUGCAGUGGGUGAAAAUGGCAGGAAGUACAGUCGAGUGGGAAAGUGCUCAGGUCAUUCCAGCUUCAUUACCCACAUGGACUGGUCUGUGGACUCGCAAUAUCUCAUGUCAAACUCAGGAGACUAUGAGAUCCUCUAUUGGAUCCCAUCAGUUUGUAAACAGGUGGUGAGCGUGGAGACGACCCGGGACAUUGUGUGGGAGACCUGCACCUGCACCUUGGGCUUCCACGUCUUUGGGCUGUGGCCAGAGGGCUCUGAUGGAACUGACAUCAAUGCUGUGUGCAGAUCCAAUGAGAAGAGGCUUCUUGUCACCGGCGAUGACUUUGGAAAAGUCCAUCUGUUUGCGUACCCAUGUUCGCAGUUUCGGGCUCCGAGUCACGUAUAUGGUGGACACAGCAGCCAUGUAACCAACGUGAACUUCCUAUUUGAUGACAGUUACCUGAUCUCCACCGGCGGGAAAGACAUGAGCAUCAUGCAAUGGCGAGUUGCAUAGGACAGCCACCAGGGGGAGGCAUUGAGGGAGUACUCUCCAGAAAAGGAGUGGGUGGGGGGGGGGGGGGUGGCUGGCCCAGAAAGCCCAUAUGGAAGGCACAUGGAGCUGAAAGAAACAACCUGACAGCAGCAGGUUGAUGUGAUGGAAUCCCCUGGCAGUCCCUGAGUACCAUGUUAUUCAGCAUAUUACCUAUAUUUCACAGCUCAGGAAUCCAGCGCUGGCAUUUGAAACUCCCACAGCUCCAAAUCAUGGCAACAGCAGUACUGUCCAACAGACACCAUUCCACAUUCAAAACACAAACAGUACUUUAUACAGCCUAAUUUGCAUGUAUUUCACCAAAAUAUAAUGCGCAAACUAUACUUAAGUAUUUAUGCCAGUUGAGUCCAUAAUGACAGCUGGCCCUUUCUUGUCUAGCCAUAGCACUAAUGCCUUUCACAGACUGUAAAUACCUGUUUUUUUCUGUGUUACUGGUUUAAAUGCUGAGAUCAGCAUUGCUGAUCAACCUCAGUUGUUUAUUUUUGCUGCCAUUACCUUUUGGCUUCGUAAGGAACUGCACUGUUUCACAAGCAAGUCAACUUUUCAGUCACAUUUCUCUUACUCAUUUUCUCUUUUUCAAUUCCCAAAGAUCAAACACAGUGCUCACAUUGUGUGUGCGCGCAUGUGUGUGAGUGUGUGUAAUAGCAGCAAGAUUUGAAACUAGUGCAUGCACCUUCUGCAUGAGAAUGCCUUUUUACUUUUUGAGAUUGUCUUGUACUUACUUAAAAACACUUCUUCACAACCAAUAACUGUGGCUACCAAGAGAGGGAAACAUUUACACCCAAAGCAGUGUGAACUCACUUUACAAAGAGUUAAGCUGUUGUACUCUUUGCAUUUUCACAUACAUUAUGCUCUUAAGUCUUUGAUAUGAGGUUACUAAUUUGGUGUUACAUAAUCAUAAACAGACAAAUAUUGUAAAACACAUAUCUAAACAGGAGGUUGUGAUCUGCCAAACUGUAUUAUAACAUAGUUAUACUAGUGAGAACUACCACUAUAAAUACAGACAUUUUAAUGUCUUAAUUUGCACUGUCACCGUUUAAAACCAUGACAGCAAUGACGUGUUACAAACACAGGGCAACCACAUUUGUCACUCCAUUGCUAAACCACAGAAUGGCUUUCUUAUCACAACUGGUUACAUUAUUUAUAUCCAGCCUUUUCAUUAACUCUGCUAAUUAAGUAUCACACAACUCAAUCAAUAUGUUUCUCACUUUACCCCCAACUAGGAAAUUACAGAAUGUUCUGUAACAAGCUGCAGGGGAUGCCAAACAUAAAACUGUUUGUCAUCUAAAAUAACGAAUUACCUUUAAUUGUUUUGUUUCUGAAAACAAAACAAAAAAACAGUUUGGUUAUGACCACAUUUUGCAUAUCUAAACUUCGAUUAUGACUGCAUAUUAGCUGGCAGAUAUGACUAUACCCAUGAUACCAUGGCUAGUGAGUUGCAGGACUUCUGGUAGUGCUCUAAGCUAUAUGGACAGGAGGAGGAUCUGCUUUGGAGAGUUAUCAAUGAAACAGGAAUCCUUGCAGUUUUAUCUGUCAGGAAAUAGAAAGAAAAGAUGGGGAAAGUAGAUAAAUGAUUGCAAUGUACUGUUUACGAUGAGGAAUGUAUGUAGAGUAAUUACAUGGUUAAAAUGGUAGUUAUGACUCUAAUCACAGCUCAUCUCUGUUUGAAAAUAAAUAUGGAUUUAAUUCAUUUAA